AUGGACGGAAAUAUGCCCAUUCCAUAUCAUGAACAUAUUACCCCGGAGCGCGAGCGUCACUCCCAACGCGCAAUCGUUGACAUGCUGCUCAUGAUAGGCCUGCCCCUCAUGUACCACAGCCAAAUUUUAUGCCAGCUAAUGAACCUCAAGCAGGGCCUGUUCCACGACCUUUUGCAUGGCAGCCUCCUCCUCACUUUCCAUAUGAACCGCUACCAGUUGGGCAAUAUCCUGGCUUGCCAUCACCCUCCUGUUGAUUAUAAUGCACGCCUGAAUGAGCAGAUGAAUGCAGCUCAUAAUGAUAGACGCCGCCAGCGCAACCAUCGUAGGCAACAGGACAGAGAGGAGAUAAGAGAGCAGGCACAGGCAGAGCUAAUGGCAGCUGGGAUGCAGCCCAUGCAGGUACCUCAGGUCCAUAAUCAACCUGCUCAACCUGCUCCUGCUCCUCCUGUAUAUGGUGCUAUUCAUUAUGAGGGUGCAGUUGGUCCUCGCAACUUUGACAAUCCUCUUCAUUACUUUGCACCUAAUCCUGCUCCACCUUUGCAUGGGCCACCUGAACCCGAUUAUGAUCAAUUUAAUAUUUAG